AUGGCCAUCUCUUCAUCUCCAGAGAGGGAGCUGGAGGCGCUCAGAGACACUGACGAGUCGGAAGGUGAAGCUGCGGGGCCUUUGGGGCCCAGAGGCCGCAGUGGCCCCUCGGGGGCAGGCAGCGCUAGCCUCCGGAGCCUCGAAGCCGAAAUGGCGGAGUCCGAGUCCGGCGUCACCUCCAAGGCGGGUGAGGACCUGGGGACAUUUUCUGAGCCUGAGAGUCGGCAUGGCGACCCUGAGGGUGGCGGUGGCCCAGACCUAGAACUUGGACGUGCUAGGCCUAUGACGAGAAGCCAGAGAGAGGUCAGCCUGACCCCGAAAGGUGGGAAAGGCGACAAAGGUGACAGUGGCUCCCCGCCUCACACCAAGAGCAGUAGAAAGAGGAAGCAGCCCAACGGGAGCCUAAUGGCCCCAGGUGCAGCCUGGCCUCAGCUUCCGGGAGCACGAGCGUCGCCCGCUCCGCCCCAGCCAGAGUCUUCUCUGAGCCCUCGGCCUGGCCGCAGCCACCAUUUUGAUCUUCCAGUGGGGAACCUAGAAACCCCAGGGCCUACCCUCAGGAGUGCCUCCACCACAGCACGGGGCUCGGUGUUUACUCCUGUCCCCGAGGCCCUCCACCAUGCCACGUCCAGCCGUGCCGAGAGUGAUCAGUCCAGCCCUGCUGGCCGAGAACUGUGUCAACAGGCCAGUCUGCAGGCUCCCUGUGAUGAUGAUGGCGGUGAUGGUGGUCCUAACCCCAGAGGCAGUGGGACCCCCGAGGGCUGGGUCCUCCGCUCCCGAGUUGUACCUUUGGGUCAUCGGAGGAGUGCAUCGGAUGUCAGCCCCGAAGAGGUCAGCCCUGAAGCCCAGAGCACAGGCUGGAAUUUACGUCCUCGUUCUCGGAGCAGUGCAUUGGGCGUCAGCCCGGAAGCUCGCCCCAGAGCCCAGAGCGCAGGCUGGAAUUUACCUCCUCGUCCUCGGAGCAGUGCAUCAGUGGUCAGCCCAGAAGCUCGCCCUGAAGCCCAGAGCGCAGGCUGGAAUUUACGUCCUCGUCCAUGUCCUCGUCCUCGUCCUUGGAGUGUCAGCCCUGAAGCUCGCCCCAAAGCCCAGAGCACAGGCUGGAAUUUACGUCCUCGGGCCACUCCACGGGUUCCUGUUGCUCCCAGCAGUACCACGAGGUCCAGUUCUGAUAGAGGCAGCCGCCGUGCCACACUGAGCCGAAGCCGCAGCCGCAGUGCACCCAGGCUCCGCACUGACCUUCGACCGAACCAUAAAAUAAAGAUGAGGCUGGAGCUGGAAUCAGAACCGGAGCCAGAAUCGGAACCAGAGCUGCAAUCGGAGGCAGAGCAAGAAGAGCAAGAGCUGGAGCCACAAGUCAGCCGUUCCUCCUCUAGGUUUGCAGUUCCAAGGAGAUCCUCCCUAGCAACCGAAGGCUCUCCUCCAAGGCGCCCAGUUCGUAUGCGAGCCUCCUCCCCUUCUCCUCCUGGUAGGCUCUAUCCUUUGUCCAAGCUGUAUAAUGAAGGUUACUUUUCUACCCUCUCAUCUUCCAGUGAGUCAAGUUCCCAUUCUCUCCUCAACUCAACCAAUCAAGGCUCCUCACCCCCAUUAAGCUCUCUCUCUGGUCCUGGUCCUAAUUCCAGUUGGCCUGCCUUGAUACCUCACCUGGAUAACCUUAAUUCUUCCUCUUCCAAAGUGCCAGGGGAAGAAAUUGAGGCAGCCCCUCCCACUCGUGAAGAGAAAUAA